AGUUAUUAUUAUUUCCAGCCAUAGGCUAAGAAUAUCGAUACAUUUUACAUACGAUAUUGUUUAUAGGCUAUGAUAACAGUCAGUGGAUAAACCGCAAGUUUGCCAUACCAUUGGGCAAUUAUUUAGGACACAUCAAGCAUUUCGUGAGUCACAGAAAUAAGGUAUCUUUUGCAUGUAUUGCGCACACCCGGUUGUGAUCUACGUGAACGAUGAGUUCUGGGGUUCAUAGAAAGCGGCCAGCGGCAAAGCCAGAACUCACUGAGGAUCAGAAACAGGAGAUACGAGAAGCAUUUGACCUGUUUGACACUGAUGGAACGGGAAAAAUCGACGUCAAGGAAAUGAAGGUUGCGAUGAGAGCCCUUGGAUUUGAGCCAAAGAAAGAAGAGAUUAAAAAGAUGAUCGCUGAGAUCGACAAUGAAGGAUCAGGCACCAUAGACUUCAAUGAUUUUCUAACAAUAAUGGCUAACAAGAUGGCAGAGAAGGAUUCAAAAGAAGAAAUAUUAAAGGCAUUCAAACUCUUUGAUGAUGAUGAAACUGGAAAGAUAUCUUUUAAAAAUCUAAAGAGGGUUGCAAAAGAAUUAGGAGAAAACCUCACUGAGGAAGAAUUGCAGGAAAUGAUAGAUGAAGCAGAUAGAGACAACGACGGGGAGAUCAACGAGGAGGAAUUCUUGAGAAUAAUGAAGAAGACGAGUUUAUAUUAGAGUAUAUUUACUGUUGUAUUGUAUGUUCGCACGUGAUGACACUCUUGCGAUAUAUUUAUAUAUAAUUUGUCAUAACUUCGUAUACUCAUUCCCAAGCAUGCUCACCACAUGAGCUUUCCUGAGCAGUGCACAAUUUUUCAUGGACGCAUGAAUGAAGGAUGAAGGUUGUCUGCAAAACACAGUUUUAACUGCCUUUUCCUGCUUUUAUAGCAAAAGGAAUAUUAUAGUUCGGGGAACCCUUAUCACUCCAUAUAUAGUUGAUUCAUUUCACCAUUUAUUGUUAUAUAACGUUACAAAGAUAUGCCUUUGACUGAGAGUUUGUUUUAUUAUAUAAUUUUUUUAAUUUCGAGGUAUUCUAAAUUAUUUACUGUCAAUCAAACUGCCACUUGACUAAAUGUUUUCGAUUUAUCUCGAAAUUAAUUUUCUUAUAUGAUAAAAAUUGCAAUUGCAUUACAUAAGUUUGUAUCUUGGUAACUAGUGUUUAAGACUGUUUUAGGUUAAAAUUAAUAUUUAUCUUCUUUUAUGUGCAGUUAGAAUAUUGCUCACCUCUCAUAUUCACCUUGUUCUCAGUGGUGUGUGAACUGAUUUGAUUUGCAACGUUUGUUUCAAGCCUAAAUCUAACAUUCCAUCAUCAAGCUGUUGCAAAUCUAAAUAUACAUUGUAAUUGAAGCACAUUUAAUUUUAAAUGCAGCUACAAUGGCGGUUCACCCAAACGAUGAUUUGGCUAUUAUUUUUCUGUACAUAUUCAUAAAAGGUGAUACAUAUCGAGCAGAUUACUCGUAAUAAUACACUUAUUACACCUUGGAUAUCAGGUUUGACUAUUCAACAAAAGCACGAGGUCAUCCAUAUAUCCUGCCGACAAGUGUUUAGGGCUUUAGAAUUCAUAAAACCACGCAUUUGCUGCACCACUGGCACUGAAAUAAGAACAUGUACCCCGAUGUCAGCUAAAUAAAGCUUCAUACAUAAAUUCUUACAUAAAGGCUUUACAAUGUUGUAGCACUCGUAUCCACGAUGGAUACUGAAAACAGUAAUUUCCUUGCCGGUGAAUAAUCUGCAUUUCACCCAUCGUGGGCCUGCUCAACUUGUCAUUAAUUAAUUAUACUCCAAUUUCAGUGACAGUGACAAUCAAAUGUGAACCUGAGAGUAGAAUAGGCGUUUCAUUGUGUCAGCAGGUGUUAUAUCGUAGUUACGUCGUAGAUGCGCGAUUAUUUCUCGCUUUCUCCGCAUCUGUUGACGUUUUGAGUUUUUCGUUGCAAGAUUAUACGUCUGCCCCGCGAGACUUGGAUAUAUCUUGGAGUAAUCAUUCUGACAGUCAGAAUGAUUACUCCAAGGAUAUUGUGUGCGUGCGUGCGUGCGUGCGUGCGUGCUUGCGUUGUGCGUGUGUGUGUGUAUAAUUAUAUAUAAUGUGUGUCCAUGCUAGGUAUUAUUUGUGAACCUAUGUUACUAUGAAAUCCUCUGCACAAUAUUGCAUGGUCGUGUUAUGAGACCUGUACGUGAUACGCCCGGUAGGUGUUUGUGGAUUUUUGUGUCCCUAAUCCAACAGCUCUAUCACACAGAGAAAAGUCAUAACAGUCAAUUUUAUGGCCAUGAAGUCAGUAGUCCUAGUCAAGUCGGUACUCAUUCACUCACGCAGGCAGAUCUCACAUAGAGACAAGUUUUGCUAUAUUUCUGUAUAUAAUUUGUGUUCUAUUGCCUGAGGCGUCACUUUUGUCACAACUAGGCACCUAAAGUUGUUGUUGCUAGUGGUUGCACUAUAUAGACAGUCACACGUUUCAGAUACUCUACAAUAGUUUUUCUCAUGUCGCGUUACACGUCGUAUUUGUGUAAUUAAGAAAAGUAUGCGAUAUUAUUUUUCUGUUUUGUGUGGCCUUCCAAUUAUUUUCAAGAAAUGUUGAGCUCAGUAUCCAGUAUAGUACCAAUUAUUCAUUCAACAAUACAAUGGAUAAACCCAUAUACCUUGUAGAUGCGAGACUUAGCGGAACUUCUGUAAAAACGCCACAACUGUGACUGCCCAAGUCAUAUAUAACCAACAUUCCAUGUCCCAAACUCUGUCAAGUCAUAGGUGUCGUAUCUGCACAUUUUACUGUUCACUCAUCCUUCCCCUCCCCCUCUCUUACAUAUUCGUCCUCACUCUCCCGUCUCUCACAUAGUGUUCACCUUACUCCUCCCUAACAUCCUGUACCUCCCUUACACUUCUCUUGCACCCUCGUCCUCCCUUCCCCACUCUUUCACAUGCUCGUCCUCCCUUCCUCUCUCACAUGCUGCCUCUCCUUUCUAUCUCGUUGACACGCUGUUCCUUACUUCUAUCUCUCUCAUGCUGUUCCUUACUUCUAUCUCUCUCAUGCUGUUCCUUACUUCUAUCUCUCUCAUGCUGUUCCUUACUUCUAUCUCUCUCAUGCUGUUCCUCCCUUCUAUCUUCCUCACAUGCUCUACUUCCCUUCCUCUCUUACACACUAUCCCUCUCACUUGCUCUCUCCAGAGCUCUUGCUUCUUCCCUCUUUUCUCUUUCUGUCUCUCCCCCUCAAUACCUUCUGUUCGCAUUCUGUUGCUUUUAGCCUAGAUUCAUGUCAGUUUGUAGUUUUCAAAAUAGUUUGCGCUAAUAAAGCCGUUUUACGUUUUCAUCAA